AAAACACCUCCUGACUCUGUCUUGCCCCCAGCUAUAGACCUUCCCUGGGCAGGCCAGCUUUAGGCUCUCCUGGGAAGUAGCCAGCGGGAUUCCAGUCAUGGGUGAGGUGACAGCAGAGCAGGUGGAGAAGUUCCUGGACUCGAAUAUUAUCUUUGCCAAACAGUACUACAACCUCCGCUACCGGGCCAAGGUCAUCUCAGACAUGCUGGGGGCCAAGGAGGCAGCGGUGGACUUCAGCAACUACCACUCGCUGAGCAGUGUGGAGGAGAGUGAAAUCAUCUUUGACCUCCUGCGAGACUUCCAGGAGAAUUUGCAGGCCGAGAGAUGCAUCUUCAAUGUCAUGAAGAAGCUGUGCUUCCUCCUUCAGGCAGAUCGCAUGAGCCUGUUCAUGUACAGGGUCCGAAAUGGCAUCGCAGAGCUAGCCACCCGGCUCUUCAAUGUCCACAAGGAUGCUGUCCUUGAGGAAUGCCUGGUGGCGCCCGACUCAGAGAUUGUGUUCCCCCUGGACAUGGGUGUGGUGGGUCACGUUGCCCACUCUAAAAAGAUCGCCAACGUCGUCAACACAGAAGAGGAUGAGCAUUUCUGUGACUUUGUGGACACCCUCACUGAGUACCAGACCAAGAACAUCUUGGCUUCCCCCAUAAUGAAUGGGAAGGACGUAGUGGCAGUAAUCAUGGCUGUGAAUAAAGUGGACGAGCCCCACUUCACCAAGAGAGAUGAAGAGAUUCUUCUCAAGUACCUCAAUUUUGCAAACCUAAUCAUGAAGGUAUACCACCUGAGUUACCUACACAAUUGCGAGACUCGGCGUGGCCAGAUACUGCUGUGGUCUGGGAGCAAAGUCUUUGAAGAGCUUACGGACAUCGAGAGGCAGUUCCACAAGGCCCUGUACACAGUCCGGGCCUUCCUCAACUGUGACAGAUAUUCUGUGGGACUCUUAGACAUGACCAAGCAGAAGGAAUUUUUUGAUGUGUGGCCAGUCCUGAUGGGGGAGGCUCCACCCUAUUCUGGUCCCAGGACUCCGGAUGGAAGGGAAAUCAACUUUUACAAGGUCAUUGACUAUAUCCUACACGGCAAAGAAGACAUCAAAGUAAUCCCGAAUCCACCUCCUGAUCAUUGGGCUUUAGUAAGUGGUCUGCCCACUUAUGUUGCCCAGAAUGGCCUGAUUUGCAACAUCAUGAAUGCACCUGCAGAGGACUUUUUUGCAUUCCAGAAAGAGCCUCUGGAUGAGUCUGGAUGGAUGAUUAAGAAUGUCCUUUCUAUGCCAAUUGUGAACAAGAAGGAGGAAAUUGUUGGGGUGGCCACGUUUUACAAUCGCAAAGAUGGAAAACCCUUUGAUGAAAUGGAUGAGACCCUCAUGGAGUCUUUGGCUCAAUUCCUGGGCUGGUCCGUCUUAAAUCCUGAUACUUACGAGUCAAUGAACAGACUUGAAAACAGGAAGGAUAUUUUCCAGGACAUGGUAAAAUACCACGUGAAGUGUGACAAUGAAGAGAUCCAGAAAAUCCUGAAAACCAGAGAGGUGUAUGGGAAGGAGCCGUGGGAGUGCGAGGAAGAGGAACUCGCUGAGAUCCUGCAAGGAGAGCUGCCAGAUGCAGAGAAAUAUGAAAUCAAUAAAUUCCACUUCAGCGACUUGCCCCUGACCGAACUGGAGCUGGUGAAAUGUGGGAUACAGAUGUACUAUGAGCUCAAAGUGGUGGAUAAAUUUCACAUUCCUCAGGAGGCCCUGGUGCGCUUCAUGUACUCGCUGAGCAAGGGCUACCGCAGGAUCACCUACCACAACUGGCGGCACGGCUUCAACGUGGGGCAGACCAUGUUCUCCUUGCUGGUGACCGGAAAGCUGAAGCGAUACUUCACAGACCUAGAGGCCUUGGCCAUGGUCACCGCUGCCUUCUGCCAUGACAUUGACCACAGAGGCACCAACAAUCUCUACCAGAUGAAGUCCCAGAACCCACUGGCCAAGCUCCAUGGGUCCUCCAUCUUGGAAAGACACCACUUGGAGUUCGGCAAAACGUUGCUGCGAGAUGAGAGCCUGAAUAUCUUUCAAAACCUCAAUCGCAGGCAGCACGAGCACGCCAUCCACAUGAUGGACAUAGCAAUCAUUGCCACAGACCUCGCCCUGUAUUUCAAGAAGAGGACAAUGUUCCAAAAGAUCGUGGAUCAGUCUAAAACAUAUGAAACUCAGCAGGAGUGGACACAGUACAUGAUGCUGGAGCAGACACGGAAGGAAAUUGUUAUGGCCAUGAUGAUGACCGCCUGUGAUCUCUCAGCCAUCACCAAGCCCUGGGAGGUGCAGAGUAAGGUAGCUCUACUGGUUGCUGCCGAAUUCUGGGAACAAGGUGACCUGGAGCGCACAGUGCUGCAGCAGAAUCCCAUUCCCAUGAUGGACAGGAACAAGGCAGAUGAACUCCCCAAGCUUCAAGUCGGCUUCAUUGACUUUGUUUGCACCUUUGUCUACAAGGAAUUCUCCCGUUUCCACGAGGAGAUCACUCCCAUGCUGGAUGGGAUCACCAACAACCGCAAGGAGUGGAAGGCGCUCGCCGAUGAGUACGACACCAAGAUGAAGGCCCUGGAGGAGGAGAAGCAGAAGCAGCAGACAGCCAAGCAAGGGGCGGCAGGAGAUCAGCCGGGGGGCAACCCCAGCCCGGCCGGGGGCGCACCUGCAUCCAAGUCCUGCUGCAUCCAGUAACGCUGCCUGGCAUCAGCUGCACCGAAUGGUACCACCCUUCCUGGAAAGAGACCACCCAAGCCAGCAGAAAACCAAAACCCUGCUUGUGAAGUAAAAUAGUAAUCGGAUUUGAAAGCUGGGAGAGAAUUUAGCUUACUUUCAUCUAGUGGUUUUUGAACAUUUUUUCAGUUUUGAAUACUUUUUACUGAGCUAAAACCAACAUUCUAGCUUUAAUAGACAUCAAUUAAACAUUUAAUUAAGGCCAAGUUCAUCUGCUUGCUUAGAAUCAUUUUCACUCUUAUACUUCCAUUUUAUGUUUUCUUAUAACAAUUGUCUAGCAUCCUCAAAAGUAGAGAAUUGUUCAGUGAAUCCCUCCUCCUCAUCACCCAGAUUCCAAUAUCAGGGUUUUGCCCCAUUUGCUUCAUCCAUUCUUUUACAUUUCUUUCGCAUUUUUUUCUUAGCUGAAGUGAAGUAUUUUCUUUAUUAAAUUGAUGGUCUUUUUUCUUUUUUUA